GACAGAAGCUGAUAUAAUCGCGCUGCCCUUCAGUCGGGGCUAUCAGGGGAUAAGAAAACAACGCUACCUGUCACUGACCUCCGGCGCUUGAAAGCGACAGCGGGACGCGCCGAGCUCCAGCUCAUGAAGUGCGGCUAUGGCCACGCUGGAGGGCUGCCGCUGCCGAAACAACAACAGCAUCCUCUACAGCAUCCUUAAGAGUGACAGCCUUACGACCACCGAAGAGGACCACCACCAUCAUCAUCAUCAUCAUCAUCACCCUCAACAACAACAAACACUGCAGCUUCUGCUCCACAAAACCUCCUCCUCCUCGUGCGUCGCCCCGGGCUCACUGCAGGAGCUCCGGCAGCAGGCGUGCUCCUGUGGCUCGACCCGGCGCCGGGGCAUCCUUCGCUCCCCGCAGGUGACCUGUAAAGCGGCGUCGGCUGUUCUGGUGAAGACGCUGCGCUUCGUGAAAAACGUGCCCUGCUUUCGCGAGUUACCGGAGGACGACCAGCUGGUGCUGAUACGGAACGGAUGGGCUCCCUUACUCGUGCUGGGGCUCGCGCAAGACCGCGUGGACUUUGAGACCACGGAGACCGUGGAGCCCAGCAUGCUGCAGCGUAUCCUUACCGGCCUGACGGACCGGCAGAGCGAGCCCGUGGCCGGACAGAGCAGAGGGGCAGCCGGGGUUUCUGUCGUGGAUAUCGAGGCCAUCAGAGCUUUCUUGGAGAAGUGCUGGAGUGUGGAUAUCAGCACCAAGGAGUAUGCGUACCUGAAAGGAGCCGUGCUGUUUAACCCAGAUCUGGAGGGUCUGCGCUGUCUCCACUACAUCCAGUCGCUGCGUCGGGAGGCGCACCAGGCUCUGAACGAGCACGUCAGGCUGAUCCAUUGUAAGGACACAACACGCUUUGCCAAGCUGCUCAUAGCUCUGUCCAUGCUGAGGGCCAUCAGCCCGCCGGUGGUCGCCCAGCUCUUUUUCAGACCCGUCAUAGGCACCGUGGACAUAGAGGAGGUGCUCAUGGAGAUGUUCUACCGGAAAUAGGUGGCAGUCGCAGUAUAUAGCUGCUAAGUGGACUGAAAUACUGUAAACUCUUAUUGGUAUAGGGAGUGAGGGCAGAUGAAGACUGCAUUUAUAACUGCUGUGUGUGUGGAGGUCCUGUGAAAUGUCCAACACAUAACCGACUCUGUGAGUGUGUUCGUGUGUGUGUGUGUGUGUGAGAGUGAAUGUAGAGAGAAAGAGGGUAAAACACGUCAUAAUAGGUGACAAAUACAAAGCAGCUGCUGGAAUUCAUAAUUUAUUUGUUUUAUA